AUGGAAAAUUAUUCGGUAGAGAAAGUCUGCGGAUGGCUAAAAAAAACUGGAUUUGAAGAAUACGUUGACGCGUUUGCACAACAUAAAAUAGAGGGACGGCAUUUAGCUCGAUUGUCACAUCCAUUACUGGAAGAGCUUGGGAUCAGUGAUGUUGGAAAACGUCAAGAGUUUUUGAGAGAACGAAAUAGAUUGCGAGAUGCCCCCAAACCAUGCAUAUUACGAUUCAUUGCUUGCAACGGGCAGACCCGAACGAUCCAAUCUUUUGGGAAUUAUUCGGAAACGUUGAAUCUCGCUUUACGAAAGUUUUCCUUACCUGAUGAGGGCAAGUAUAUUGUCUGCGUCACACAGAGUAGUCAAGUUAGGCCAAUUUCUGAAGAAGCUUUUCAGGAAAUAUACCUCAAUCCGUCUUCCUCAGAAAGAGAAAGACUCAUAAUCGUUUCGGAAACUAAAACGUGUCCUUCUUUUGAAGAUCUUCGCAAAUCCUGGGAAAUAGAGUCCUCUCAGCCAUUGCCAGGGAACUUUAAUAGCUCACGAAACUUUUCUUCUUUGCUAUCUGAAAACAUACAGAAAACUUUGUUUCCUUCAGAUAGGACAAAUGCUUCGUGUUUAUCCAUUCAAAGACCUCCGAGUGAACUUAUUAGUUCGCGAAUUUCUCACUUUUUCCCUGAGCAUCAGCCAAAAUUAUUAGAGAAAACGCUGUACAAUUCUUUUGUAGGAACUCAAAACAUCCAUCCAUCUCGGGAAAAUACAUUUGGAAAGGAAAUUCUCCCAAAAUCAAGAAGUUUGCGGCGUCAACACUUAGAAUUCCUAAAAUCCAUGUCUUCAUUAAAAAUAAAUACGUUAGACGAUUCAAAAGUUGCCAAUAAAAUUGCGCCAAGGACGAAGUCGGAUAUUGAAAAGAAAACUAAGCUUGGCGUUGCUUCAAAAACACCACCUAUGCAAAAUUCCUCAUUUUCACAGAAGUUUUCUGAACGACAUGGGGUUGCCAGCAUACAAACAGCCGCUUUACGAAACAACCAGCUUCCGUCAGCCGCACCUAAAAUGUCGCCAAUACCUUCUCCAACUUUUGUGGAACAUGUGACUCCUGCGUCGCCAACUCCAACCACCACAAGUGAAGAAACUAACCCAGGUGAAGAGGAAGUGGAAGAACCAGUCAGAUGGAUCCGCGGAGCAUUGAUUGGGUCUGGGUCUUUCGGACAAGUUUAUCUCGGUAUGAAUGCAUCUAGUGGUGAAUUAAUGGCCGUAAAGCAAAUCAGCCUAGGUGACUUUAAAAAAUCUAAAGAGCGUCAUUCCAGUCUUUUCAAUUCUCUCGUUGGUGAAAUCGAUUUACUGCAGGAAUUGGCUCACGAACACAUUGUCCAAUAUCUUGGAUCAAAUUUAACGUCGGAAUAUCUGAAUAUUUUUUUGGAAUAUGUCCCUGGUGGCUCUGUCACUGGUCUACUUGAAAUGUACGGAAGUUUUGAGGCCCCUCUUGUAAGAAAUUUCAUAAAGCAAACAUUAGAAGGCUUGCAAUAUCUUCAUUCCAAAGGCAUCGUGCACAGAGAUAUUAAAGGUGCUAAUAUUUUGGUUGAUAAUAAAGGCAAAAUAAAGAUUUCGGAUUUUGGAAUAUCUAAAAAGUUGGAGUUGGAGAAUCCCAGCGAUAAGGCCAUAUCUCCUCGUCAAUCUUUACAAGGAUCCUCUUUUUGGAUGGCUCCAGAAGUAGUCAAGCAAACGCAACAUACCGAAAAAACUGAUAUAUGGUCACUUGGUUGUUUAGUUAUUGAGAUGCUUACCAGCAAGCAUCCGUAUCCUACAUGUGAUCAAAUGCAAGCAAUUUUUAAAAUAGGACAAAAUAUCCCCCCAGAAUAUCCUUCCGAUGCGACUCCUUCUGUCCAUGAUUUUUUAAAUACAACAUUUGCCAUUGAUUGCAAUGAAAGACCUACCGCUUCGGAAUUGCUCCAACAUCCUUUUAUUGCUAAGUGA